AUGUUUAAAGACACAACACGUUUGAAUGCGUCUCUAGAGAUUUAUCAUUCCACUUCAUCCCUUCAUUCUCUUACUCUUGAAUUAUUUCUUUCAAUAUUUCAUUUGAAUUUUUUUAAUGGUGGUGGUGUUGAUGGUGGACAUCAUUCAAAUGUCAUGAACCACCACUUUUCCAAUUCAUAUAUCAAUUACAAAUGGAUACUUUUCAAUUCCUAUCCCAUCUCUUCUUCAUCACCAUUCUCCUUCAAUGAAUUGCUUCAAAACUUUUCCUCCAAUUCAACAACUUUCAAUUCGACUCGUCUCUGUGACUCUUCACUUCUCAAUACAUCAUGGAGUCGAGAACCCAAUGGACACGUCGAUUAUGGUCUCUGUCCAGAUACUUAUAUUAGUUUUGCAUUAUGUUUGACGUUUUUACUCAUCUAUUUCACAACUAUUGUCCUGUCAGGUGUCGGAGUGGUGUGGAAACGAAGAAGUGGACAUGUCUCGGCAAGAAAUCCCAUUUACUUGUUUUUUACUCUCAUUGCAGGAUUUGUUUUUAUUUCGGGAAUGCUGCUAAGAAUCAUUAUUGGAAGAAAGAUUUAUCCGUGUGGAUUAUUGACCAUUUGUUUUUUCUCAUUUCCACCAGCCAUAUCAUUGCCCACAAUCUUUCGAUUAAUGAGAGGAUUCUUCAUGUACAAGAUUAAUUUAUUGAAAACGAAAUUGUUUGACCAUUCUUCUUCGAAUGUCACUCCCAUUCAUGGAAAUGUGUCAAGAGAUGAUGAUUUUAAUCAACAAUCAUUUGAAUUGGUAUCAUCAUCAUUAUCGAUACAACCACUCAACUCGACCAUGCAUUCCUUAACUAAUUCUUCUUUUAACAAUUCAAAUAUUGAUACCAAUAAUUCCAAUAAUACCAAUAAUACCAAUCAUGCAAUUAAUGCUAAGAACAUCACUGUAGGACCCACAUCCAUGUUUGGAAAUGAUGAUUCCACACAACAACGAGUGGCCACAACCUUAGCUGGAACCGAUCAUGAUGAUGAAAUUUCAAAUGUCGCUGUCGAUAUUACCUUACCUACUGAUUUGAUGGUUUCGGGAAUGUGCAUCAUGACCAAUGUUUCCUUUUCCGAAUCGGAGAAGACUUUUGUGACUAACGAAACCACUAACAAUCAUACUGUCAAUCAUGAUGAUUCGGAAAGUUUUCAAAAGGAAACGAAGGAAGAAGGCAUCAAAAAGACAUAUUCAAGUGAUAUGGCUCAUCGUUCCGUAGCUUCCGAAAAUAGUGACGGAAGUGGAAUCGGAAACGGAGCCAUGGUUGGAUUUAUUUUGAAUCCCACCACCACAACCUCUUCUUCCCAGAUGGGUAUGAUGAAUAACAACCAUGCGACGACAAAUUAUUACAAUGACGAAUACGACACGGAGAUGAUUAUGGAAGAUUCCGAAUCUGCCGUCGAUCUCUCCACAUGGAACAUGAGUGACUACAAGGACAUGUCCGAAAUGAGAAGUGAAUUAAGGAAAUUGAAAAUUUUCAACUUUUUAUUGAGCUACAAAUUCAUUUGUGUCGUUUAUGCAUUGGCGUUUUUAUUUGGAAUUAUUUUGUGGUUCGUGGCAGGUGGCAUUGAAGAAGCACUUUACAACCACAAUUCGGAUUCUAACAAUAGGAAGAGAAUAUUCUUGCUCGAUGGUGGAAUUUUAGUAUUCGAUCGAGGAUGUGGCAUGUCCACCAAUUCCAUUCUCAUUAUUGGUCUUGAAAGUAUUGUCUAUAUUAUUGUGGAAGCUGUUUUUUUAAUCAUUACCUUUUUUGUCGAUCGUGACACUUGGGGAAUUAAGAAGGAAACCAUUGCCUUAAUUUUGAUUCAAGUUUUGAGUGCAAUCUUGUUCAUUAUUUUGGGUACUUUGGAAGUGGUGCAAUCUCUUGUGGAUUAUUAUGUGCCUUAUGGAUUUGUCUUGUGGGGUUACAUGUUUCUCGAAAUUAUUGUGGCUGUCACAUUACCUCUUCUUUACGCCAUUCGAAGCGAUAUCAAAGAAGAGGAAGCGAGACAAGAACGACUUUUCGACUCGAAGGAAAGUGGACUCGAAAAGAUUCUCAAAAACAAAAAGACCUUCCACCUCAUGCUGGAUUUUGCGCGGCGAUCUUUCGCGCCAGAAUCGGUACAAUGUUGGCGGGACAUUCAACGAUUCAAGAAUUCCAAACGUUUGAAUCGAAAAAAAGCUGCCAUGCACAUUCUGAAUGCAUACUUGACGUUGGGAGCUCCUUUAGAAUUGAACAUGCCCCACAUUGAGGAAAAACGUCAAGAAUUAUUAAGCAUGAUUGAGAAGAGUGAAAAAAUUUCACCAAAUUUAUUUGUCACCAUUCAGGAUCAUUGUUUGAAUGACAUGGCCGAUUUGUUUGAACGAUUGAAAAAUUUGAAUAAGGAAAUUGCUGAAAUUGUGAACAAACAUCGAAGGAUUGUUGCGAAUCAAAAAGAAUUGAAUUAA